AUGGCCGGCAACAUUUCGAGGGUCAACCGAUUGCUCAGUGUUGUACCAUUGCGAGGAAGGUAUGAACCUGAAACAGGUGAUCAUGUUGUUGGCCGUAUAACAGAGGUUGGUCAAAAAAGAUGGAAGGUCAAUAUUGGAGCAAAGCAAGAUGCUGUUUUGAUGCUUGGAUCUGUGAACUUGCCUGGAGGCAUCUUGAGACGAAAAUCUGAAAGUGAUGAAUUGCAAAUGAGAUCAUUUUUGAAGGAAGGAGACUUACUCAAUGCAGAAGUUCAGACUAUUUUCAAUAACGGAAUGGCUUCAUUACACACAAGGUCUUUGAAGUAUGGCAAAUUGAGAAACGGUGUUUUUUUGCUGGUGCCCUCCAGUUUAAUUAUUAAGCAAAAGAAUCACUCUUUCGAUUUGCCGGGAAAUGUGAGUAUUGUCGUUGGUAUGAAUGGAUUUAUUUGGUUGAGUAAAACGAUCAAAUCAAAAAAUCAUGAAAGCACUAGCAGGUUGUCCUCUGGCAAUCAUAACGACUACACCCCUGGAGAUGGAAACAUGGCCAUCACAAGAUUAGAGGAAGGAUCAUCAUGGGAAAUCUAUAGCGACAGGAAUGAUGCUAACAUUGAUAGGAACGUGAGGGGUACGAUACUGCGUUAUUAUAAUGUGAUAAAGGCAUUAGCAUCUUGUGAACUAGGAAUCACAGAGCCAAGAAUCAGAAUGGGCUAUGAAGAGAGCAUGUCUUAUUCUGAUCAAGGUGAGUUGAUUGAUGGAGCAUCACAAAGACACAUCUGCCAGAGUAUCAUUAACAACGAGAAAAUGAGAGGAGUCGCAAGUGGAUUAGUGAUGGAUUGA